UUGUUUCUCACCAUUAUAAACCUUAAUGGAUAUACAAUAUUAAAAAAAUAUAUUAAUUAAUUAAACAUUUUGUGGACAGGAAGAAUAUGGCUAUUCAAAGAUAUGGCGUUCAAUCAGUAUUUGCAGUACAUUGCUUGGGUACUGUUACCGGUCAGUUUGAUAACAUUCGCAGCAGGAUUCGUACACUUAGUUGCGCCUCAAUCAAUUGGUUCUGGAAUACCAGAGAUGAAAACAAUAUUAAGAGGCGUCGCAUUAAAAGAAUUUCUCACCUUGAGAACGUUGAUCGCGAAAGUUGUCGGAGUUACAGCAACCUUAGGUUCGGGUCUACCUCUCGGCAAAGAGGGCCCUUUCGUGCACAUUGCCAGCAUAACGGCCACGCUUUUGACGAAAGUAAUUACCUCGUUCAAAGGAAUCUACGAGAACGAAUCGCGGAACACUGAAAUGCUGGCUGCGGCGUGCGCGGUUGGAGUGGCCAGCUGUUUCGGGGCUCCAAUAGGAGGUGUGCUCUUCAGCAUCGAAGUAACGACCGUGUACUUCGCCGUGAGGAACUACUGGAGAGGUUUCUUUUCCGCAGUCUGUAGUGCGACCGUGUUUCGACUGUUGGCCGUAUGGUUCAACAAAGCCGAAACCGUAAAGGCUUUUUUCCCGACCCAUUUCACUAUGGAAUAUCCAUUCGAUCCACAAGAGUUGACCGUUUUCGCUUUACUUGGGGUAGUCUGUGGAAUUAUCGGAGCCGGUUACGUUUGGGCGCACAGGCAAUACGUUUUGUUUAUGAGACAGAGUAAAAGUAUGAACUCUUUCCUACAGAAGAACCGUUUUUUAUAUCCGAGUCUCAUCACGUUUCUCACGUUGACAAUCACAUUCCCAUUAGGCACCGGUAAAUAUAUUGCUGGUGAACUGAACGUACACGACCAAUUAACCGGGCUGUUUAGUAAUUUCACAUGGACCAAGAAUGAGUUCACCAUCGAGGAGGCAGAAAUGAUGAACCAUUGGCGAACGGAAAACACCAACGUUUUCAUAUGUUUAUCGGCUUACAUAGCUUAUAAUUUUGUGUUCUCUAUAAUAGCAUCGACUAUUCCAAUACCAUCCGGUAGUUUCAUUCCAGUGUUCAAAACCGGAGCCGCGUUCGGUCGAAUAGUUGGUGAACUCAUGCACUUGUGGUUCCCGAGCGGCGUUAGACACGGGAAAUUCAUCACGCCUAUCAUACCAGGAGGUUAUGCCGUAGUCGGAGCAGCAGCUUUUGCCGGGGCCGUUACACAUUCCAUAUCAGUGUCUGUAAUUGCUUUCGAAAUGACGGGACAGAUCACU